UCUUCUCUCCUUGCUUUUCAGAUUGUCUACAAAGCCUGGCUCUGCUCCCAGUAUUUUGAAGUCACACAGUUUAACUGCAGAAAGACAAUCCCGUGCAAGCAAUAUUGUUUGGAGGUGCAGACCAGGUGUCCGUUCAUAUUGCCCGACAAUGACGAAGUCAUCUAUGGAGGCCUCUCCAGCUUCAUCUGCACAGGCGAAGGUGAAGUUUACCUUUGAAUGCCUAAGAAGAAAUGACUAUUGGCUCUACGAAACCUUCCUAACCAAUGAUGAACCCGAAUGCUGUGACAUCAGGAGCGAGGAGCAAUCCGCAUCCCCACCCAAAGGGACCGUGGACAGAAGAGACUCCUGUACCAGGAAGUCGCUCACAGUGUCCUCGGCCACGAGACUGUGCCCCGCCAGGCUGAAGCUGUGUGUACUCGUCCUCAUCCUCCUUCACACAGUGCUCACGGCCUCCGCGGCGCAGAACUCCACCGGGCUGGGCCUGGGCGGCCUCCCCACGCUCGAGGACAACUCCACCCGGGAGGACUGAGCUCCGCAGCCGGGCGCGUGCGCAUGGGCGCAGGGCUGGGCAGGUGCACGCUCCUGCGCGCAGAGCAUUGGCGACCCACCCGGGAUGCGCACCUGCUGCUGCCCGGGGAACUGAAACCCACCCGGGUGCUUUACCCUCGGACUUCCCACAAGACCUGUGGGUAACAUUCAACAAGAUGGGCCCGAUUCCCAAGGACACAGCCGCAGCUUUUUACCGACUUAGAGGCUGCAAGCGACUCACUUUCUCACACCAUUUUAUACACUGUGUUUUAACGUUUGGAGGGUUUUUGGUGUUGGUGUUGGUGUUGGUGUUUU